AUGUGUGAUGCAUCGGAUUAUACAGUAGGAGCUGUCUUAAGUCAAAAGGUUGAGAAAGCACGACAUGUCAUCUAUUAUGCUAGCAAAACCCUAAAUGAUGCCCAAAUCAACUACUCCACCACGGAGAAAGAGUUGUUAGCAAUCGUGUUUUCCUUUGACAAAUUUCGUUCCUAUUUGAUCUGUUCCAAGGUUAUCAUCUAUACCGAUCAUGCUGCAUUAAGACAUCUUCUCUCCAAAGCGGACGCCAAACCUCAGUUGAUCCGUUGGAUCCUACUUCUUCAAGAGUUUGACCUUGAGAUUCGUGAUAAGAAAGGCUCCGAUAAUGUGGUGGCCGAUCAUUUGUCCCGUCUUGUUGUUGAGUCCAUUACUGACUCCAUUCCAAUCUCAAAUACUCUUCCGGAUGAACAAUUAUUUGCAAUAACUCAUGCCCCAUGGUAUGCUGAUAUUGUCAAUUACAUUGUGACGGUUAAUCCUACAUGGAAAGACUGGACCCUCCGGCUUCAGGAUGCUUUGUGGGCAAACCGGGCUGCUUACAAGAACCCUAUAGGAAUGUCCCUAUACCGUUUGGAAUAUGGCAAAACCUGUCAUUUGCCUGUAGAGCUGGAACACCGUGCUUAUUGGGCCAUUAAGGCCAUGAAUUUUGACUCUGAUAAAGCUGGUGAACAUAGGAAACUCCAGCUUGAUGAGUUGGAAGAAAUUCGAAAUGAUGCAUAUGAGAGUUCCAAAAUGAAGUUACGGUCACGUUGGUUCGGCCCAUACUUUAUCAAACAUGUGGCAAGUCACGGUGCAAUUAAGGUACAAGACCCCACGACUGGGGAAUUGUUUAAAGUUAAUGCUCAUCGCUUAAAGCCUUUCCUUGAGCUCGAGUCUCAUGAAAUUGAGGAUAUUCUCCUCGUUGAUCCUGUCUAUUAG